AUGGCUCAGUACUGGGCGUCGCGUCUCUCGUAUCUCCUCGACGAAUCAUACGAGGAGGAGGAGCAAGCCAUGCCCAACCCGCACCCGUCUCUCGGGAAACUCCCCCGCCCCAGCAUGCUCCAAAUCCCUGUCUUCAACCCGCCUCCGCCUUCCCCCUCCCCGCUUCCGUACUUCUACCAGCCGCCGAAGCGCGUAGCGGCGCCGCAGCCCGCGCAGCCGCAGAAGAAGCAGCAGCGCCGGAGGCGGCACAGAGUAUGGGACGACCUCCCCACGCCGAUCGUGUACGAGAAGUACGAGCCGGUAGCGCCGGUAGCGGCGGCGGCGGCUGCGGGUGAGAAGCGGGUCCGGUCGGACGCGUUCACGGAGAUUCCGCUGAGCAGUCGCGCUCGCGAGGAGCCGAAGGCAAAUCCGUCGAAACUCGAGCAGUCGCUGAUUGUUCGCGCAUCUGACGCGUCGCUCUCAACCUCCUCCUCCUCCUCCUCCUCCUCCUCCUCCUCCUCCUCCUCCUCCUCCUCGUCUUCGGGAAGUUCCGACAUGCGCCGCUUCGCUAAUAGCAGCAGCUCCGAUAGUGGGCGCAGCGUGAGCAGCGCGAGCAGCGCAGGUAGCAGCGACCGCGGUGCAGUAUACAGUUUGGGCCGGAAGCAGCGGAGCCACAGGGACGGGUGCGUGUGCGUCGUCGACACCUCUCUCCUCUGGUCCUCCCUCGUCUCUACACUCUUCCGCCCUUCUCUCCCCGCGCUCCCCGCGCCUUCCGCUGCAAACCACGCCGCACUUCCCGGACCAGCAGUCUACCCCGUUCUCCUUUCGCGACAGCCGUCCACCGCCGAAAGCUCUGGCUAUGAUCUCAAAUCGCCUGCGCCUCGGGUGCCUCGCACAGACGCUGCCGAGCCGCAGGAGGUUUCUCAUGGCAUGAGAACGAUCGCGGAGCUGAUGGGAUUAGAUUCGGAGAAGCUGCUGUGGGUGCUGGCGACGGUGCUCGGCGUCGUGUGGGCGAUCAGCCUACACUACAGCGAGUGGAUUCAGUUUUGGUUACGGCCGCCCAGCUGCUCCACGUGGCCGGACGAGAGUGGUCAGGUGAGUAUUCAGGUGAAUGUUCAGGUGAAUAUUCUGGUGCUGGGCGUCGUGUGGGGCGGUCAGCCUGCUGCUCUACAGCGAGUGGAUUCAAUUCUGGCUUCGGCCGCCCAGCUGCUCUACGUGGCCGGACGAGAGUGUUCAGCACCGCCCUACAUGCGCGGUUCAUCAUGCCCCGCCUCUGCUGCAACGACCUCAACUUGCCCUCCCUCUCUAUUUCCCUGUCUUAACCCCCUUACCUCCCUCCUUUCCACCCCCCCCCCCAACCAGCUCCUCCCAAGCACCCCCCUCCACGCGCACACCGCCCUGCACGCCCAGUUCAUCACGGCUCGCCUCCGCAACGACCUCUACCUUCGCCGCGCCUUCCGAGCCUCCGUGCUCCGGUUCUCCCCGAGCCUCGUUGUCACGCUCGGGGACCUCUUCCAGUCCGGAGCUGACGCCACUUACCCCCUUUUCCGAGCAGAAGCCAGCCGUUAUCACCAUGUGUUUCAGACGCACGACCCUUUUCUCGACCCGCACACGUGGGAGAGGCGGCGGCGGCAGCAGAUGGAGCGAGAGAGAGGGAGGGAGAAGGAGAGGGAGGAUAGGGAGGAGAGGGAAAGGGAGAGGGGGAAGGAAUCAAAGAGUGGCCAAGGAGGAGGAGAAAAAGAGGGGGGCCACAGAGGGGAUGGUAUUGGGAGGAGGAGCGUUUGGGAGUGGGUGCAGGGAGGGCUGUGGUGGGGGAGGUGGCAUCUGGGGGAGGGGGAGGAUGGGGUGAAUGUGCACAUGCGGACGGAUUUGGCUCAAGUGGCGGGAGAGAGAGACGUGGGAUUCAGCAGCACACAGAGAAAGCAGCACGAGGUGCGUGUGUGGAAGGAGAAGGGGGAACUGGAGAGAGACGUGGGAUUCAGCAGCACGCAGAGGAAGCAGCACGAGGUGGGUGUGGGAGGGCGGUGGUGGGAGGGGGGAGUGAAUGUGCACAGGCGGACAAAUUUGGCUCAAGUGGCGGGGGAGAGGGACGUGGGGUUCAGCAGCACGCAGAGGAAGCAGCACGAGGUGGGUGUUGAGAGGCGGGGGCGCGUUGAAAUAGAGUCAAAGCAGGAGAGAGAGGGAUGUGAGCUGGGGGUGGAGUGUGAGUUUGUGUUGAAUGACCACGACAAGGUGGGGGCGGUGACGGUGGUGGGGUGGAUCAACGGCCUUAUCUCCCCUCUAUAUCUUCUCCUCCUCUUCUGCGUCUUGCCCUGCCUGUGCUAUCAGCUGGCAGUGCGGUUUGAGCGGUAUGUGGGAGCGCUGAAUUUCCACGACAAGUUGGCAGUGCGCUUUGAGCGGUAUGUUGGGGCGCUGAACUUCCACGACAAGGUGGGCGCGGUGAGGGUGGUGGGAGUGAACGGUUUGGCCGUGGACGGCCACAGGCAGCGCAACAACAGCACGAAACAGCUGGAGGAGUUCCUUCAGAGCCUGCCAGACCAUGGUGCCCAGGCGUCCUCACUCCCGCUCAUCCUCUUCUCCCACCUGCCGCUCCACUCCCCCACCAACCUCCCCUGUGGAGCCAACCCACAAGGCCAAGCAGUGGACUGGGACAAGGACGGGGAGGUUAGUUACCAGGAUGCGAUAUCAAAAGAAGGGGCCAACCACCUUCUUCAGCUGCUGAGACCGGCUCUGGUGGUGUCAGGGCACGCAGAGUCAACCUGCUGGCAGCAGCGGCAGGUGGGGGGACCGCCCAGAGGGAACAGCAGCUUGGGUGGCACUGCUGCUGCUGCUGCUGCUGCUUGGGACGUGAUCGAGCUGUCGCUCCCAACCUUCAACUUCAUCCACAGCACACACGCCAUCACCGACCCGCCUGCAUUCCUCCUCAUCACCGUUCCCCUGGAUCACAACCCACAUGGAGGCUACAGGGAACAGCAGGGGCAGCAGCAGAAACCAACGCUGGGGGCAGCAUCAGUGCACGUGCAGCUGUGUGUGCUGCCCACACAGAUCCUCUUCCCUCCCUGGUAUUUCCUCCUUUCCCUCCUCUCCUGCCUCGCCUUCCUCCUCCUCCCCUCCCGAGGUGUCUCCUGGGCGUCCCUGGCAGCGCUGACAGCGCGCGUGGCAGCAGCGAGCAAAGAAGCGUGGACACUCCCCAAGCUGAAGGCGGAUGGGGAUUGGGAGGGCGAGCUGGAGCCCAUGUUUGACACGGAUGGCAACAUGGUGCUUGUCAGGCGGGCGACUCCAAGACUCCCUGAUACCAUGCCCACUUCAAUCACAUCUGACAGGAGACCCGGCGGGGCACAGCUUAGGGCAUCCAGGCAACAGGGGUCGCAUGAUUCGUUAAUGGACGCUGGUGGCAGCUCCGGCGUUCCUCGAAUUGGUUCAUUCACAGACGUCUCACGAGACGUCGACGCGUCCACGCGCUGGUGCCUCACGCGUCCACGUGUACUUCCCUGCACACCUAACCUUGCCUUAUUCACCCUUUCCCCUCCCCGUUUUCCCCUCCUGCCCCUCUUUCACCUCCCCCGCGUCCGCUCUCCACCCCCCUGCGAGAAGGACUUCGCAGCCAAUGAGCUGCUACCACGUGCAGCAGAGUGGGACACGCAGAAGCACUUCCCAGUGGACGUGCUUCGGAAGGCGGCAGGGCUUGGCUUGCUGCUCUCUUUGUCAAGGAAGACGUGGGAGGGUCGGGUGGACGUGCUGCGGAAGGCGGCAGGGCUGGGCUUUGCUGCUCUGUUUGUCAAGGAAGACGUGGGAGGGUCGGGGUUGGGCAGGGCUGAUGGGGCGGUGGUGUUCGAGGCGUUGGCACAUGCUGACGUCAGCACGACGGCGUACCUGACGAUCCACAACAUGAACGCGAGCAUCAUCGACAGGUUCGGGUCGGAGGAGCAGAGGCACAAGUGGUUACUAGCGCUGGCAACAAUGGACCUGCUCUCCUCCUAUUGCCUCACGGAGCCUGGCAGUGGCAGUGAUGCUGCUGCUCUCAAGACCACGGCGAGGCAGGCCCCUGGCUCCACGGAUUACAUUCUGAAUGGAUCCAAGGCGUUCAUCAGCGGAGCAACGGCUGCUGAUGUGUAUGUGGUGAUGGCGCGGACAGACGGGGAGGGGCCCAAGGGGAUAUCGUGCUUCCUGGUGAAGAAGGACAUGACUGGGGUAUCAUUUGGUCAGCUGGAGAAGAAGCUCGGGUGGAACUCACAGCCUACUGCUGCGGUCAUUCUGGAGGAUGUGAGAGUGCCAGCAGCAAACCUUAUUGGGGGAAGGGGCAACGGCUUUCGAAUAGCCAUGACUGGCCUGGACGGCGGGAGGGUGAACAUCGGGGCAUGCAGUGUGGGAGGGGCACAGUUCUGUCUCGAGUAUGCUCAGCAGUAUGCAACAGACAGGAAACAGUUCGGCAAGCCACUCACGUCCUUCCAGAACACACAGUUUCAACUGGCCGACAUGGCAACAGCGGUGGAGGCAUCUCGCCUGAUGGUUCGCAGCGCUGCCACUGCCAUCGAUGUGAAAGCGCCCUGGGCUACCACAGCCGCUGCAAUGGCUAAGAGUGCUGCCACUUCCAUUGAUGGCAAGGCGCCCUGGGCUACCACAGCCGCUGCCAUGGCCAAGAGCGCUGCCACUGAUGUCAAGGCUCCCUGGGCCACCACAGCCGCUGCCAUGGCCAAGAGCGCUGCCACUGCCAUCGAUGUCAAGGCGCCCUGGGCCACCACCGCUGCUGCCAUGGCCAAAAGCCCCAUGGCGUGGGCCACCACAGCUGCUGCCAUGGAUAAGAGGUUUGCGACAGAUCACUGUUACCAGGUAGCCAAUCAGGCGUUACAGAUGCUCGGAGGUUAUGGGUUUCUGUAA